GGACAGGGAAAAUCCAACGCACAGGAGCACAAUGGAGGCGUCAACAAGUGCAAGUCUGCAGCCGCUGGUGGAGGUCCCUGCGCUGUACAAGGAUCCCUGGUACAUGAUCACCAUUCUGCUCGUCUAUCUGUACUUUGUCACGAAAGCGGGUCCGCAUUUUAUGGAGACUCGCAAGCCCUACGAGCUCAAGAAGCUGAUCUUGGUGCAUAACGUGAUUCAGGUGGUGUCCUGCAUAUACGUAAUCAAAGAGGUCCUGUUCAUCACGGACAAUGCCAUAUACUUCUUCUGGAGGUGCCGCGACCUGGGGAGCAGUCCGGAGCACGUGCGCCGCUACUACAGCCUGGCCUACUUCCUCUUCUGGCUGAAGCUCUCCGAGCUGCUGGAGACGGUGAUCUUUGUGCUGCGCAAGAAGCAGAACCAGGUGUCCAAGCUGCACAUCUUCCACCACUUCUCCACGCUGACGCUGGUGUACGUUCUGAUCAACAUGAACAGGAAUGGCACCGCUGCUUACUUCUGCGUGUUCCUCAACUCAAUCGUCCACGUCAUUAUGUACUCGUACUACUUUGUGGCCGCCGUGGCGGACAAGAGCGUGGUGGAGGCCCUGACGCCCGUGAAGAAGUCCAUUACGGUGAUCCAGAUGACGCAGUUCGCCCUCAUCCUGACCCAGGUUCCCUGCCAGCUCGUCUCCUGCGGCAUGCCGCCCGCCGUGCUCCUCUACUUCACCGGCGUCAUCGUGGGCAUGUUCUACGGCUUCUACGACUUCUACAACAGCGCCUACCAGGUGGCGCAGCGCCGCAAGAGUCAGACGCCCCAGCCGGACUCCAAACAGUGAUCGCAUGCCCACAAAUCGCGCAAUAAAAGUGCACCAACAAGUGUGUGCGUGUA